UCCGGAGGGGCGGGCGGGUUCCACCCCCGGCUGGCCGCGCGCCCGCGCCUCCCAAUUCCCGGAGCAGGGCGCGGGCUCCCGGCGGCAGUCGGCGGCUCCGCUCCCGCCUGGGCGUCUGGGAUCUGGGCCAGGGCGGGCUGGGAGCGGCGGCGGCGGCGGCUCGGGGCCGCGGAUCCCACGGAGGGCGGCGGCCUGGGCCAGCCAAGCCAUGGCGGCUCCGGAGCCGGCGCCGAGGCGGGGCCGGGAGCGGGAGCGGGAGGAUGAGAGCGAGGACGAGAGCGACAUCCUGGAGGAGAGCCCUUGCGGCCGCUGGCAGAAGCGGCGGGAGCAGGUGAACCAGGGGAACAUGCCAGGGGUCCAGAGCACCUUCCUGGCCAUGGACACUGAGGAGGGGGUGGAGGUGGUGUGGAAUGAGUUGCACUUCGGGGACAGGAAGGCUUUCGCAACCCAUGAGGAGAAGAUCCAGACCAUGUUUGAGCAGCUGGCGCUGGUAGACCACCCCAACAUUGUCAAGCUGCACAAACACUGGCUGGAUGCCUCGGAAGCCCGGGCACGGUUGGCGGAGCCUGCCCGCCCCACAGGUCAUCUUCAUCACCGAGUACGUGUCGUCAGGCAGCCUCAAGCAAUUCCUCAAGAAGACCAAGAAAAACCACAAAGCCAUGAACGCCCGGGCCUGGAAGCGCUGGUGCACACAGAUCCUGUCGGCGCUCAGGUGAGGGUCUGGGCUCACCCCGCCACACGCCUACGGCCCCCAGUGACCCCUGACCCGACCACACGUGCUCUCCUUUCCCCCUGCAGCUUUCUACACGCCUGCAACCCCCCCAUCAUCCACGGGAACCUGACCAGCGAUACCAUUUUCAUACAACACAAUGGCCUCAUCAAGAUUGGCUCUGUGUGGCACCGCAUCUUCUCCAAUGCGCUCCCAGAUGAUCUCCGAAGCCCUAUCCGCGUGGAGCGUGAGGAACCACGGAACCUGCACUUCUUCCCACCAGAGUACGGCGAGGUUGCUGAUGGCACUGCCGUGGACAUCUUCUCCUUUGGGAUGUGUGCACUGGAGAUGGCUGUGCUGGAGAUCCAAGCCAAUGGAGACACCCGGGUCACAGAGGAGGCCAUCACUCGCGCCAGGCACUCCCUCAGCGACCCCAACAUGCGGGAGUUCAUCCUCUCCUGCCUGGCCCGGGACCCCAGCCGGCGGCCCUCAGCCCACAACCUCCUCUUCCACCGCGUGCUCUUCGAAGUGCACUCCCUGAAGCUCCUGGCGGCUCACUGCUUCCUCCAGCACCAAUACCUCAUGCCUGAGAACGUGGUGGAGGAAAAGACCAAGGCGGUGGACCUGAAUGCGGUCCUGGCGGAGCUUCCCCGGCCGCCCCGGCCCCCACUGCAGUGGCGGUACUCAGAGGUCUCCUACCUGGAGCUUGACAAAUUCCUGGAGGAUGUCAGGAAUGGGAUCUACCCACUGAUGAACUUUGCCGCUGCUCGACCCCUGGGGCUUCCCCGGGUGCUGGCCCCACCGCCUGAGGAGACCCAGAAGGCCAAGACCCCGACACCGGAACCUUUUGACUCAGAGACCAGAAAGGUGAUCCAGAUGCAAUGCAACCUGGAGAGAAGUGAGGACAAGGCCCGCUGGCAUCUCACUCUGCUUCUGGUGCUGGAGGACCGGCUGCACCGGCAGCUCACUUACGACCUGCUCCCAACGGACAGUGCCCAGGACCUUGCUGCCGAGCUGGUACACUACGGCUUCGUUCACGAGGAUGACCGGACCAAGCUGGCUGCCUUCCUGGAAAGCACCUUCCUCAAGUACCUUGGAGCUCAGCCGUGACCUCCCAACCCCAGCCCCUAGGGACCAGCCCCGGCAGCCCGCAUGGGGAAGCUCAGCAUUGGCCCAGGGUUCAGAGGACCAGGGGCUGUCCUCUGCUUACAUGCUGGGGGCUGAUGACCAAACACCUGCCUUCUACAGCUUCCAAGGAGGCCCUGGAGUGGGGUGGGGAAGGUGGUGGCUUUGGAGCUACAGGGGGACGAUCAGGGGGUGAAGGAGCCUAGGUUGGGGGUCAGGGGAGUCGUUAGGUCCCACAUGUCCUUAGGAUCAGGAUCCACCCCCCCCCCCCCCCCCACCUAGCCAGCUUCCACAACUCAGAAUCCCUUCCCGUAUCCACCACUUCCUGGCCAAGAGCUCUCCCCCCACCCCAGGAUAUCUGGCCAGUGAUUGUACCUUCAGCAUGGGGGAGGCUGCCCCCCAGGGAAGCCCAGUGCUGAGGGUGGGGGACCCGUGUCCUAGACAGAUGUCUGGCCAGGGAAAUGCUCCACCCCCUGUUGGAACCACAGACCCACGUGAGGAACCCCCACAUUAAGCCGGUGGCACCACACCCGCAGACGUCAGGCACAGUGCGGGGCACAGGACAGGGCCACAACCUGGCAGGAGGAGCAGUUGACAGAGAAGUUUCCAGGAGCCCAAGUUCAUAGUUUGAUGUGGCUUCUGCACGGCCCUCCAACCGCUGCCCAGUGCAGACCCGCCAUGGAGCCCCCUUCAGACGUUCCACUGCUCGGAGACAGGGAUCUGCCAGCCCUCUGCAGAUACUCUCUGGUCCCUGCACCCCCCCUCCAAAGGGCUCUUUUCUCUUCCAUUCCCUGGCCUGGACAGGUUGGGCUCAGGCAGAUACCCGCUCUUCACUGUGCCUCCUCUCAAAUCCAUUACCCCCUUUGUUACCUCCCUCACCUCUUCCCAUGGCGGCUGCCUCCCAGGUCCCGAGACUGUCAGCUCCUGAUUCCCCGUCUCUCCCCCUCAACUCCUUCCCACCCCUCAUUGCCCUGGCCUCAUUUCUCCCAGACUGCCUCCCCUCCGUCUUCAAAUUGAGUGAAACAUUCUUAAACAUUUUAAAUCGCA